AUGGCUUCAUAUGAAAGGUGCAGUGGUAUCACAAUUCGUGGUCCAGUACAGGAGAAGAUACUAGCCACCUCCUUGGCACUGGAGCAGGAAGAGGUACACACAGAGGAGGUACUGGCAGGCCCUGUUGUGGGGGAAGCCCCGCGUCCUAUUGCUCAGGAGCAGGAAGAGGUACACCCAGAGGAGGUACUGGCAGGCCCUGUUGUGGGGGAAGCCCCGCGUCCUAUUGCUCAGGAAGAAGAAAUAACACUGGUUGACUGGUUCCCUGUAUUGGAGGCGGGCAACCUCCACUUCGAAGGACUCAGGCACUUCCAAGGCACCAUAACGAGAUACACAACAGCAGCAGUGAAGACUAGAGUCGGCCAGGGCCAGAGCUGCAGUCACGUCAGGCUCACCGAUGGCAACACUUGCCAUCUGCUUGGCUGUUUGCGUGAUGUUAAUAAUCAUGUGCCCACGAGUGGUGGCCACGCCAGUGCCACCGCCCCUUCCUUCACGAUGGGUUAUUAA